UUCUCCUCUCCUCUUUUUCCUUUUCUAAUGUCACUCCAACCCUUGCUACAUCGUUCUUGGCCACACCACCUUAAACCUCCAUAAGCAACCUCCCAUCCAUUCUUUACCAGCCAUGACCAUUAAACAGUACCAGCGCGAUUUCAUUGAGUUUGCCAUCAAAAACCAAGUCCUAAGAUUUGGCGAGUUCACCCUCAAGUCUGGCCGUAUCUCCCCAUAUUUCCUCAACGCUGGUCUCUUUAACACUGGCGCUUCCCUUUCCAAGAUCGGAAAAUUUUAUGCCGCGGCUGUGAAUGACUCUGGUAUCGAGUACGACGUCAUCUUUGGUCCUGCUUAUAAGGGGAUCCCUCUUGCUUGUGCCACUGUAGUCGCAUUAGCCGAUAGUCCAUACAACAAGGAUACACCUUAUUGCUUCAAUCGUAAAGAGAAAAAGGAUCAUGGCGAAGGUGGUACCAUUGUAGGAUCCCCAUUGAAGGGAAAGGUUCUGGUCAUUGAUGAUGUCAUCACUGCGGGGACUGCUGUUCGCGAGUCAGUCGAUAUCAUUAAGAGCGCCCAGGCUGAGCUUGCUGGAGUACUUGUGGCUGUGGAUCGUCAAGAGACGGGUAAGGAUGGUACCUUAUCAGCAAUCCAAGAGGUUCAAAGAGACUUUGGAGCUCCUGUCAAGGCCAUUGUUACCAUGUCCCAUAUCAUGGAAUACAUGGAGGAGCAAGGUACCUAUGCGGAUCACUUGGUUCAGAUGCGUGCCUACCGUGAAAAAUAUGGCGUCUAGACAAUAUUUCAGUUAAUGUCAAUCGAACGAUACCUUUUCGCAUGUUACCAGCCCAGCAAUAGUGUUAUUUAUCCACAAUAAAAUACAAUAAACUACAUACAUGUAA